AUGACGUUAUGCAUAUGUCUAACAACCGGGGAGAGAUCUAUAUUCACACCAGAGGACUAUAUGAAAACAAAAAAAAAGAAGCUUUCAGUACAAGCUCCUGUCUCAGAUGAGAAUCCUUUGCCUUCAGAAACCACUGCCAGAUUUCAGAAUUUGAAUGACUGCCAAAAAUUUACCCCGGAGCACCUGGGUGUCUCUUGGUAUGAUCGGGUGCUUGAGCUUCCAGCAAUUGCAUCUCCCUCUUCCCCUCCUUCUUUAGAAUUUAUCCGCAAGAAACAAUCAGAGGCAGAACUGAUCUACCAAAACCAUGUUAAUGAGCACAAUUCUCAUUCCGAUAAGCCAGGUGGUAAUUGGCUAGAUCACGUGAUUAAGUCAGGUACCGUUGCUGACAGACUUGCCGCGCACAGCAUCAAAAUUCAAAACGCUCCAUUGUAUUCAAUCCGAGAACUGAAAUCCCUCGUCCGAAUUUCUGCUUCGGACAUGCAGCGCAAUGUUAGCUCGACCCUCGAGGCGCUCAAAGAUCUCUUUGUGAACGUGCUGUUGCCCCCUAGCCGAAAGCUCAUCUUUUUCCACAAGCGACCCCUCAACGGAGAAAACGUUUCAGAAGAACAUUUGGUUUAUUGGUUCUUUGAACACACACUAAAGUCCAUCUUCUUGCAAUAUCUCAACGUGAUGGAAGAAGUUUCACAAAAAAGCGUUCUUUUCGUCAAAUGUAAGAUACUGAACUAUCUGCAUGACAUGCUCAUUGAGAGGCCUGAACAGGAACAUCUGAUUUUGUCUCGCUUGCUUAAUAGAUAUACAGACAAGAACAAAAAACUCUCAUCUUCAAACACUUAUUUGUUUAUGAGGCUUCUGGAACGGCACCCCAAGAUGGGUAUCCUUAUAGUUAAAGAGGUGGAGAUCUACUUUUACGUUUUUCGAAGACGCGUAGAGCUGAACAGAGACUAUCACAGUCGAAUUUUGAACGCUUUGUUAACGGGAAUUGACCGAGCAAUUCCAUUCGUCCAACUUGAAUCUGAUUUCUUUUCAAGCCAUUUGAGUGUGCUGUUCAAAAUCGUUCAUGUGUCCGAAUUUGGCAGGAGCACCAGAACUCUGACGUUGCUGUUCAAUGUCAUGAAGGCACAGGGGAAUGUUACUGAUCGGUUUUACAGAGCGCUGUAUCGAAAGCUAUGUUGUCCUGACAUGUCGAGGUCAUCUAAAAAGCACCACUUUUUGGACUUGGUGUACCGAGCUAUGGUACACGACAAAGACAUCGCCCGUGUAAAGGCCUUUGUGAAGCGCUGCGCACAGGUUUGCUUAUUGCAGACUCCUGAGUGCGUCUGUGCCUUCCUUCUACUCUUGUCGAAUAUCAUUGCGAAGGUGCCGGGAUUGACAGGUCUAUUGAAGAAUGGCCCAGAGACCAAAGUGGAAAAAAAUGUACUGGCUCAAACUGUAGGUCAAAUUGAAAAGGUGACAGACAGUAUUUCGAACUUCACAAUACCUCGUUCUCGUAGAACGAGAACAAUGAUUUCAUACGAGGGUAAAAAGAAAGAAGCUGAGAAGGCCAAACAUAAAGCAUCAAGCAUAGAGGACGCUGACACUUUUACUGAAGGGGGUCAAAUUUCUGAUGGCCCAAAUAAGCCUUUUCCAAUCGCGGACGUUUCGACUAUCCAAGUUGAAUCUUACGAUCCCAGUUGUCGCGACCCCCGUUACUCCAAUGCCGACUGCUCUGCACUUUGGGAACUGAACAUUUUAACCUGGCAUUACCACCCGCAAGUUUGCAAAUGGGCCAAGAUGCUUCUCGAAUGCAAGCAAUUCAGCUAUCUCGAGGACGUAUUCUCUGAUUUCUCGGUAUAUAACUUUACGAGGCAGCUUUCAACACGGCAACUAGAUCAAUUUUUAUCGAAGUCGCGCGACACAGCCGAAAAAUGUUCAGAAGUAGAUAACGGCGCGGCGGAACCAUUUGGAUGGAUUCACCGAAUGAGCCAAGAUCUGCUUACCUCCCCCGAUGAGGAGGAGGCUGGCGUCGAUACGUUUUUCUAUAAGUACUUUGUCCAGCGCAAAAAACUCACUGAACAAAAGCUCAAAUACCAAAAAAUGAAGAAAGAAUUUAAAAAAGAAUCAGCCGUCGAUGAGCGUUCUUCAAGUCGAGUAAAACUGCUUGCCCAGGAAGAUGACAAAUGCGAGUCUAGUUCUGAUGAUGAAGAACUCGAUUUAGACGAAGAUGACAACGAAGCCGAAUCAGAUUACGAAGACUUUGAAAUUUCGGACGACUCCGAAUCCAGUGAGAACAAUGAUAAUGACGCCUCAAAACUUGACAGUCCAGUAGCGAAGACCAAAUUUUGUCAAAACAGUAAAAAGGAUAAACUUCAAUCUAAAAAUACCCCAAAAGAAUUGAUGCCCACGCCAACUCCAAAUUCACGUUCCAUUCGUCCUAAGCGUCCUGCUAGUUCUCAAAAAUUUCGCAAAACAAAACAUGACUCUAAUAACUGCAAAGAAGCUUCAGCCAAGCAUAAUUGCCACAAAAGGCGGCGCUCACUUCAAGAUUGA